CCUCUUUGUAACAAACGAAUUUGAAAUAGCAGAAACUGUAAAAUAAUAAAGUCUUUAAAAUAAUUUAGUUUGUAAGAACAAAAUUUGAAUGAUUGGUAAGAAAAAAAAAUUUUCUUCAGUGAUAAAAUAAUUGGCUGUCGUUGAUAUUCAGAAUGGAUAAUAAAUUACUUAUAUAUUGUUAAUGAUUAUGUCCAUGUUAUAUUUUAUGAAUUACCUAUCAAUUGAAUAUUUACUUAUACCAAGAUGGAUCACAAACCUAACGAAAUUCAGCAAUAACUAGAGUACAAAGAGAUACAAUUAACAUUAAACAAACUUCAGUAUUCAAUUCUAUUUAUUAAUAUCAGUAAACAAACAUUUAUUACUACACUUAAUGUAUGUAAUACUGUUUCAUCAAGGGAAACUGAAGACAAUCAUUUUGAAAUGGCACUUUGCAAUAAAUAAUCUCUACAACAAGCACUUUUAAAAUGAUAUAGUUAAUUAGUUGUUGAGAUCGGUUUUUCUUCUUUUUUGAUAGCUUUCCGUAUGUAUAUGUGCUUGCAUUACACGCAUAUAUAUAUACAUAGAGUUGAUCGAUAGAUAGACAGACAGAAAUGAGCACACACCUGUACACAUUCUUAAAAAUACAUUUGUUUAUAAGCUAGAAUAUAGAUGUCAUUUUUAAAAAAAAAACUAACUUUUAUAUUGACAGGCUCUACAGAGUAUGUCUUCGUUUAUAAAUAAGUGAUUGAAUAAUAAUUUUUACCCAAUAGUAUGUUAAUGCAUUCCGAUUAUAGUAAUGAUAAUAAUAAGGCUGAUAAUCAUUUCAACAAUAACAAUAUUGAUGAGAAAUAAGAAACAUCGUAGUUGGUGCAAAUAAAAAAAUAAACAAGUAGAUUUUACCAUAGAACUUAAGGACCGUGAUUUAACACAUUCACAUUGUCGACCUUGUUUAGUAUUGGGGUAUUUAGGUGGACACGUGUAUAUUAAAAGAUGAGUACACAUUAAACACAAACACAAGUGUAUCUACACCUAUAUAUAUAUAUAUAUAUAUAUAUAUAUAUAUAUAUAAAUGUAUGACUAUAUACGUAGGAAUAAACAUGUAUAAAUGCUAAAUGCAAACUUCUCUUGUCUGUAAAUAGUACAGGAUAUUAUUAAUAAUAAUUAGGGUUAUUUGUGAAAUUAUUUGAUUUCUUACUCUUUUUGAAUUUGAAAAUAAAGAAACACUAUCUCCUCUCAUAGACGAUAGAUUUUCAAGGAAGUCUUAUUCUACAUCUAGGAGGAUUUUUCUACAAUGUGCUUUUUUACAUUAUUAUCGUGUCUAUGUCGUAAUACAGCUGGACGACUAAUGAAACGUAAAAAGAAUCCAUCAGAUCGCAGUGUUGGUCGGGCAAUAGUGGAUCAAAUGGCAUUGUUUCGACGUGCUCCUGGUCCAGCUUACGUCCCACGAAGCUAGGAAUAUAAACUGAACAGGGAAUCACAAUAAUUAAAAAUGAAAUCGAAAAAGAAAUUCUGAAUUAAAUAUAUCCUGGUUUAAUUCGCCUCAGUAUUCCAAUAAAAACCUAUGUGACAACACUCUGUAUCUUGAAUAAAUUUUAGGGACCUGCAUUUAUUAUGCUUAUUUGUUUUUUACGUUCCUUUUUAUUUCGGUGUUACAACUACGUGUGUUUUUUCGUUCUAUGUACACAAAAUAUAUUUUUAUUCUAGUUCAUUUACCCAUUGCUGUAUAAUAAUACUAUGUGAAACCUUCGUUAAAUCCUACAAUUCUUACAAAUAUUUUAUACUACUUUUAAAAUAUUCAGUAGUUAGCUCUUGUUUUUAUUUUAUAUUUUCUGGAGUUUUUCAUCCACUGUAAUUUCACGUUUUGCUAUUUCCACAAACCAUUACGAUUAUGUAUAUUCAAGUGAAAAUGCAUAAACAUGCGUUUAGAUAUGUACAAUUCUGUAUCUUUCAGUGGUGGUGAAAAACAGUGCAUUUUCUAAAGUACUUAGUUGUUUGCCUAUUUCGAUGUGUAUUUUGCUGUGACUUUAAUGUUUCUUUAUUCGAUAGUCAUUUGAACAUUGUCUAUUAUGGAAGUAUUCGACCUUGAUAUAGAUGAUUUAGCGUGAAUUUUUACUAUGGGAGUCUAUAACUUAGCUUAUUUGAUGUUUAUAUUGAAAAAGUACCUUAUUUAUUUGAAUACAUUUUGUAAUUUUCAAGUUUUAUAUAAUUUUAUGAAUAGAGU